UGCAUGAUGCAAAUGCAACAACAUAGCUGAGCGACGAACGACGAGAGGUAUGUCAUUAGCUCGGUUUCGAUGUAUGCGAGGCAGGCCGCGGGAAGAACUGUGAAGACAAGGAAGCGAGCAGUGACUAAACAGGUGGGGACUGGACAAACCUGUGCGCAGCAAAGUCAGUUAGUCGACGAAACCAGUCGAGAGGUCAGUAGUGAGUGAGACGCAGUGGUGACAAUGGCCAAAGGAAGGGCCACAUCAAAGUGCGGAAUUAUAACAAACAAUUGAGCCGACAGUGUCGAAAAGCGUGAAAAAUUCUUGGCGAAGGGUACAGUGAAACCAGUGGUGUGGAAAUUCGUUCGGUUGAGCCGAAAAAUCGCUGGAAAUUAUCGAUUUAAGAAAAAUUUGUCAUAGUCAUAGUCGACGGCUAGAGAGAGGGAAGAUUAACGCCAUUUCACCGCAGAGAGCAAUUACCAAUACAGGUUCAAAACCGGAUUUGCUGAGCUGAGACCAAGUUGGAGAGACGUCGACACGGAGACGACGACAACACAGAGUCGAGUCCUGAAAGGGAUAAGCACGGUGCCUAUAAUGAACGGUUGAGCCAGGGUGGCUGAAGUGAACGAACCAACGGACGUACGAACGAACGAACGAUCAACAGGCGACCAACAACGAGUGAAUGAGUUUUGCUUCGAAUGAUCGUCGUCGUGGUCGGUGGUUACGACGACUCUUCCACUGCGAGAGGCAACUCAGGCAAGCCCGCCUGAAACUUGUUUCCAUUCCAUCCAACCCGACGCGCGGAGAUCAGAGUUUAGUUAAGUUUGCGCGUUCGGCUACAACAGAUGUGUAAGAAGUGCCGUGCUCCGUCGAGUUCCCGAGACUCCGUGUGUUCAACCUGAGAGCCUCCCCGUGGCCGGGAGUGGCUCUGUGCUAGAGGUGUGUAGAGGUGCUGGAGAAGAGUGUUAUGCUGCUCUGCGGCUGCCAUAUAUGAAGAGAAAGAAGAUAAAGCCCAUAAGAAGAAAUAAAAAUAAAAUUAUACGGCGCGGGGUGCGACUGCCGGUAUGCGGAUAGGAGCGGUUCAACACUGAGCGGAGCCUGCUGACGGAGAUCGGAAACUCCAAGUGUAAAGUGAUGUACGAAGCAAAACUGCAAACGCAACACCGAAGAUGAAGAAGAAACCAAUCGAAAAAAAAAUAUCGCCGAAGAGAUAUUAAAUAGGCCAGUGACUUUGCUUAAGCACACUAAUGUAUGUAUAGUAGAGUAACACACGUACGGGUCCGGUCCGGUCACAUCGAUAUACCAGUUUGAAAGGAAUUCCUCAUGCUUACACACGGAGGCUGCUGAAAAAAGGAUCGAUCCACCCACGUUCACUACCAUGGAGAGCAAAAAGCUGCAACAACUUCAGCAGGCAAACUCCCAUCUUGCACCGAUUCCACAAACGAAGCCUCCAGCGUUUCAACAGCAGAACAACGAAUAUCGACAGACAAGGUCUCCAGUAUUCCAGAAUCAUCCGCAGUAUCAGAGCUUUGCAUCGAACUUUGCUCAGAUCAACUAUCCACACCAAAUACGACCCCAGCCACCACAGCAACAACAGCAGCAGCAACAACAACAGCAGAAACAGCAAUUACAGCAGCAGCAACAACAACAACAACAGCAGCAACAACAUCUCAGCGCACACAGUAGUCCGAAGUCGAACAGUAACAGUCUCUACCUGAGCGAGUACUCGAGCUCCAGUCAUGCCGGGCAACAGCAGCAUCAUCACACGAUCGGAAGUCAUUACCAUUUCGAUCAGAUCUACCAAACGAGUUCCCCUUCUAGCGGUAGCGGAGAGCGAGAACGUUUGUACCAGACGGCACCGAGGUCAACGCAACACCAACAUGCAACAAACCAGCAGCAACCACUCACCAAGCUCGAACUUCAGUUCCAGCAGCUGCAGCGGGAGAAAAUCCAGGCGCAAAUCAAAACCGCAACCGAAGCCCUUGCUCAUCAACAGCAGACGUUCGCCCUACGUCAACAGCUAAAUCCCCCGGUACCGAACUAUCAUCUCAAACAGAAUCUGCUCCAAAACCUAUCGCAACAGCAUCAACAGCAGAUCCAACAGCAACAGCAUCACCAAAACCGCAAUGCUCCACCCUCCAGUCUGAAUCUCACGAGUCACUUUCAACCGGCCCAAGGACCGAUGAAGCUCGCCAAUCCCAACAUCCAUGACUACGGAGCAACAGCCGCCACAAACCAACAUGCCAUGAACGAAGCAUUCUACCAGUCUUCUCAACAGAAGCACAUCCACCCUAAAACUCCCAACAACCUCCAAUCCCCAGCCCCGAACCAGAUCAUCAUCCAGCAGAACAUCCCCGGGCAAGUGGUGAACCAGGCCUGUCAGACGCAAAUCAGCGGCGUGAAACCCCAGUCCCAGACCCAGAAAUCCCCGAACUCCGACUCCCUAUCCUCCCCCUCGCACGAUGGCCUAGAACGUCGGAAAAGCGGCCCCGUACACACCCUAAAAUCCCCCGUCACCAAGCGACCUGCCAACGCCCCGGUCAGUAUGUCCGGCUGGCUGUACAAACAGGGCUCCGACGGCCUCAAAGUCUGGCGAAGACGUUGGUUCGUCCUGGCCGAGUACGUCCUGUACUACUACAAGAGCCAGGAAGAGGAGAAACUCCUUGGUACUGUCCUGCUGCCAUCCUAUAAGAUAUCCGCGUGCUUCCCGGAGGACAAGGUCUAUCGGAAGUUUGCCUUCAAAUGCGAACACACCAACAUGCGAACGUUCGUGUUCGCCGCCGAAACGGCCGAAUCCAUGACGUCCUGGGUCCGGAUGCUAACCCUGGCCACCAUGAUGCAAGGUAGCAGCGAGUCGGAAACUAGUCCUCCAUCGAACAACGCUCGCAGUGGAGAUAACAGCGACUCCGGAAUACAAACCUACCAAUCGCAGGUCUGCAAAACCGGUAUCAUCCAGGCUCCGGUGACGCCAGUUUCCGACAACGGAGGCGGCUCUCAACCGCUCUACGCCAACGCACCACCCAAACCAAGGCGAGCAACCGACGGCGGCUACUCCUCCCCAAGCCCAGAACACCUUCCCGACCGGUACGACCACGAGGUCCAACAGUUGCGAACGAACGACCCGAUCUACGGAGUAAAGUCUCCAGACGCGAUGAACAAUCCCAAUCUCGUACAAACACAAUCACCUCUCAUCAAGCGAGGCUACAACGAUCAGUUAGCGUACGACCCGAGCGCAUAUCCUUCACCAAACGCCGCACAACCAAGCCAUAACUACAACGAUGCCCUCUACGGAAACGCAAAGCGCAUCGAACGAGACUUGUACAUCCAGAAGCUGAUCCAACAGCAACAGCAGCAACAACAACAACUGCAGCAACUGCAACAGCAACAGCAGCACAAACAACAGCUGCAAGCCCUGCAGCAAACUCCCCAGCAACAGCAGCGAGCGUUCACCAACCCGUUCAUGUACCCGAAUGCUGCCCCGAAUGAUCGACGGACGCCGGACACCUACGGUCCACCACGGGCCGCCCUCGAGAAGCACAUGUCCGACUACGAAGACAUCUACAACCUGACGAUGCUGUCGAAGUCGCUUCCACCGAACAUGGGCGGUGACGAUGCGGCGGCAGCGGCUGCUGCUGCAGCAGCAGGUUACCGGCGACCCAUGAGUCCGCUGCGGUAUGAACAGUCGCCUGGACAGAAUCCGACGAUGCCCCAACGCUACACACCGAACUACCUGGAGAACUCACCCGCACAGCAACAGCACGUACAAAUGCGAGCACGUCCGGUGCAGUCGACCAUUCCGCGUCCGCACUCGGCCGACUUCCUGGACUACGAAGCCCGCAAUCCGAUCAAGACGAAGCAGAAGGACGAACCGGCCCGGGCACCUCGGCCCAAGUCCAGCCUGGACAUCAACCGUACUCCGGACAACUACUACUACUCGGAGGCCAGCUACGCGGAGAAGAUGCGCAUGCAGAGUGCGUCCUACCUGCAGAGGGCCAACAUGGGCGCGAUGGCUGGGAAGGUGCGAGGCGAUGAACCGCAAGGAGUCAUGAAUUCCAGCACAGUGCCACGCGACGGGUACUAUGGCGGCCGGAUGGAGUACGGGGAUGAACUACAGCACGGUUCGGCCAGCGUUCCUCGAACUCAACGGAUGACCAUGAACAACCUCAAGAAGUAUCCCUCUCAGCAGGAGCAAUUUCUCCGGUCGGCCAGUGCUCGUCUACCUCGGAAAGAGGAAGAUCCCUCUGCUCGCGACGGCGAACGCAAACGGGAAGAGUCGAUGAAGCGAUUGCUGGAGUGGAAGCAACGGAUGCUCCAAUCGCCGUUGACGCGCAAGAUUUCACAACAACAGCAACAGCAGCAUCAACUGGCGAUGGGAUCCCCGGGUUCUACCGGAGGAGGUAACCCGUUCCUGGUGAAGUCACCGGGACAGAUGGCAAUGGAGGCCGAGAUGUACCUGGAGCAAGAGAAGCACCUUCAACAGCAACACAUGCAGCAAAUGCAGCAGCAGCAGCAGCAACAUCAACAACGGAUGGACAGCAAAACCAACCUGGAGUACAACAGCUAUUCGUCCGACGAUGAAGAUGGAACAGAAAAUACGCCGGCAGGAAGGUCAACCCCCAAUGUUUCCGCUUCCGCGAGUGCAGAGCUUGACAAUAGCGAACCUGUACCCGCUGCUGACGAGUCCGCUCUAGAACCUAACGAACAAUCCCAGCCUCAGCUGGAAAAUUUUGACUCUAGCAACACGGUUGACAACUCUGCCCUAGACCCUGACUCGAACAUUUACGAAAACAACUCCAUAGCGGGCUCAUCCGUUCGGAAGCCCACGACCAAACCUUUGUCCAGCAAUAGCAGUUUCAAAGAGAAACUACUUCCUCUGGAACCCGACUCCAAGUACGUCCCAGUUUAUGACCACAACGCAAUACUCAAAUCUCCAGUGAAGCAACCGACCAAAGCACCCGACAAUACUCCCACGGUAGACAAACAAUCACAAGAUCAUGUCCAACAGGACGAAGAAACCGACGAGAAGUCCUUCGAGUACACCGACGAAGAUCUGGACGAAGCCCUGUUGGCAGACCACAACGAACCGAACGAUACGAAUGAUGACUUGGAUGACGCCAACAAUGAGAGCCAAUCUUUCUACAUGCCGAUGACGCCGAAGAAGCCUAUUCUGAACACUUCGGAAUCCUCCGAUCUUAAGCUGACCGCCAUGGAUAUUCUCAACUCCAUUCAGAAGGGCUCGAUUGACGCCCAGGACGAGAACACCUACAUCGAAAUGACCAACGGUCAAAGCGGAAAGUGCGUAUUCGGAGAUGACCUUCGGUCGACCUAUGAAAUGAUCAUGGUUCAGAACAGUCCACCAAAGUCCGAUCAAGAACCUCUCUAUAUGGAACUGUCUCAGUUGAGUAGCAACUCACUGGAGAAGAAGGAGAAACCCGAGCUUCCCAGUAGUAAUCGCAAGCCUGCUUGCGAGUCCAACACCAGUACACUGAAAAAGAAACAAUCCGAUCGCAACACGUUGAGCAAGAAGCACAGCAAACGCAACGACCUCCCGGAUAUUCUCAAGUCCAACAACAGCUACCUGAAGGACGAUGACAGCUCGGACGCAGAUGACGAAUCCCCAAAGGAUCUGAGCAACUCCAGCAUGAAAACCGCUCGGUCGCGAUUCAGCCUAUCGGAUACCUUCCGUCCGGCUUCGUAUUACCUCGGAGCAAGCAGCAGCACUCCCUUGGGCGAUUGCAUUGACAGCUCGGACAGCGAAAUCGUAUCGCCACCGCCAAUUCCGACGACAGCCCUGCCGCUGGACGAACACAACAGCGACGAAAUGUUUCUGUCGGAGAACUUCGACACCGUCAAACGACGCGACAAAGUCGGAGGAUCGAAAUCCAACUCCCGGUGUUCACUGCUGAAUACCUCCGAUCACCGUCAAUCCAGCCAAACCAAUCUGUCCGACAGCAAGUCACAGUCCGGCAAGCAAUCACACUACGAUUCCAACCGAUCCAGCUUGCAGAGUAACCACUAUCUAGGUUCUUGCUACAACGUGGACACCCGCUAUGAUAACGGAUCGAAUACCUCCUCCGACUACGACCUGUACAAACGACUUCGAGCAGAAGUACCCGCGGAUGACAUCAGCCGUCGAACGUCCACGUCCCUGUCGGAAACGGAGUCCAUCGAGCUGCGGCGAACCAGUUCCAAGAUGGACAUCCACACCCGCAACAAACGUCGACCGAUUUCCGAGGACUCGUUGAACGAGAUCCAGGCCUUGGGGACCUUCAGCCUCGAGGAAACCGUGUCGAACGCCAGCUUUGACCAAUACCUGGGCAAUUUGGAGAACGUGUACGUCAACUCCGACAAACCGAGCAACAGCCGCAUGAGCUGGAUCAACGACAGCCUGACGAAUUUGCCCACAAUGGACGGGUUCAAGAACGGCCACGACAACAACAUCUACUACGAAAACGUGGAAAUUCAGCCGGCGCGACCGAAGCCUAACACAAGCGGUAACCGCACGGAUGAUGAGGUGAAGGCAUUCUACGACUCCUUGGAGGACGUGGCUUCGCACGAGAAGCUGACCCUAUCGCCGCUGAAGGAGAAGAACCUGUCGAUCCACGACGCACGCUGUGAAUCGGAGGAUCUGAUGGCCGCCGGUCGGAGCAAUUUGAACAUCGAGAUAGUGGACUCGGUCACGACGAUGUCCUCUAUGGAUCUGGAUCAGCGGAGUUCGUGCACGGUGUUCGACUUGACGCAGACUACAACCCCGGCGCACAGUCGAGGGAACAGCAAUCUGUCGGAUUCGGCGCCGUACUAUUACUCGGAUCUGCAGAGUAGGGAUUCGUCACUUACGGAUAUUAGCAAGCUGUCGGAUUUUGGGAGGAUUAAGUUUCCGUUGAAGCUGAACAAUCAGCGGGAUGUGGGGGUGAAGAAGGCGGGGAUAUCCCAUAUACACAACCCGAUAAGUCACGUGAAGGCGGCGAACAUUUUGACCGCUGCUGAGAAGGAUCAUGAGAUCGACCAGCGGAACAUUUACGAGUCAGAUCGGAUGAUCGACAAGAACGUGAACAAGAUGUUGGAGGUCUCGCUGUCGUCGAACAGUAAGAACUACUACAGCAACAAGAUGAUGAACAGUAAGCCUAGUCAGCUGGAGGAGCCGCGUAUUAGCGGAGAAGUUAGCUCAUCUACGUCAAUUUUAGCGUCCAUAUUGAAGUCUAGCAAUAGUGCGACUAGCAAUCAGGUGUUGGCAGCGUUGAGCAAUCAACACCCGGCGUCCAAGAGUACGUUGAACAUCGUCACUGAUACUUCGGCCAGUGGUGAUCAGCUUUGGGAAGAGGAUAGUCUGUGGAGAGACAAUCUACGGAGAGCGUCGCAUAUGCACGCAAAGUCGAUGGAAAGCCUGGAUCAUUUGGGAGCAGGUUCUUCCAUGCAGUCCAAGCUGUCUACACUGAAUAGGAAACACUUACAAAGGCAAGCGGGGAAAGCAAUAACGAGGGACGUGACUUACGUCAACGAUGAACUGCUCAACAAGACUCAGCUGUUGAAGAAGCAGCACAAAUCACAAGGUUCUAGCGACGACAAUGACGUUUACGUGCAAUUAGCGAACAAUACGAAUAACGCGACGGACUCGGCGUCUUCCGAUACACAUUCCGACGUGUACGAAGUACUUCGCGACGAGACCAAGUACGACAUUGACAGGGAAAACAUUCGACAGUGGGAUCUGAUGUCCAGUGGACUGGUGAACAGUACGAACAAAAGCUUCGAGACGGAUACGAGAGACCUCUACCGAAGUCAGUCGACCAUGGAAAAGACAAACAGUAGGGAAGGGACGUUGAGGAAGAAGCGAAGUUCUCUGGGUAUGGACGGCUCGUUUCAGUCGGCCAAGGGUACAGUCGCUAGCACAUCUAAAGCAAGCUCGCUAGUGGGUCCCACUGGUAGUAACAUUGAGACUGCUAGUUCCACAACCGUCGAUAGCAAUGAAUAUACGCCAAGUCCCGGGUCCAGCCAUGUCUUUCCAACGUCGUCGGAUGCACAUGUUCACAAAAAGCACAGUAACACAACACACUAACGAACAAUCAAAUAACGGAACGGAAAGCACAGUUUGUUAAGCGAUAGAUUUCUAGGAAGUAUUACUUAAGCAUUCCAUUAAUUCGGUAAGGUCAAACGUAUGUAUUUAUCAUUUCUUUUGUACAUUAAUAUAAAGCAAGGCCAAAUCUAUAUACACUCAAGCAAUUACGAACAAAUGCGAUAUGAUAAAGGACUUCUAGAACAUAGUGUAACCUCAUAAGAGUGAUAUGUUAUUUGACAUGAGUUGAAAUGAUUUCAUAUACACACACGAUGGAAGAUUUGUAAAUAUACAUUUUUUGACAUACAACAGA